AUGGCGGCAGGCGUGGCCACCUGGCUGCCUUUCGCGCGGGCUGCUGCUGUGGGCUGGUUGCCCCUGGCCCAGCAGCCCCUGCCCCCGGCGCCGGGGGUGAAGGCAUCUCGAGGGGAUGAGGUUCUGGUGGUGAAUGUGAGCGGUCGGCGCUUUGAGACCUGGAAGAACACACUGGACCGCUACCCAGACACUCUGUUGGGCAGUUCAGAGAAGGAAUUCUUCUAUGACGCCGACUCGGGCGAGUACUUCUUUGAUCGCGACCCGGACAUGUUCCGGCACGUGCUGAAUUUCUACCGCACGGGCCGGCUGCACUGCCCGCGGCAGGAGUGCAUCCAGGCCUUCGACGAAGAGCUGGCCUUCUAUGGCCUGGUGCCCGAGCUCGUGGGCGACUGCUGCCUCGAAGAGUACCGGGACCGCAAGAAGGAGAACGCCGAACGCCUGGCAGAGGACGAGGAGGCCGAGCAGGCCGGGGACGGCCCAACACUGCCGGCUGGCAGCUCCCUGCGGCAGAGGCUCUGGCGGGCCUUUGAGAACCCGCAUACAAGCACCGCGGCCCUUGUGUUCUACUACGUGACCGGCUUUUUCAUCGCUGUGUCGGUCAUCGCCAACGUGGUGGAGACCAUUCCGUGCCGUGGUUCUACACGGCAGCCACCAAGGGAGCAGCCCUGUGGCGAUCGCUUCCCACUGGCCUUUUUCUGCAUGGACACGGCCUGUGUACUCAUAUUUACGGGCGAAUACCUCCUGCGGCUGUUUGCUGCCCCCAGCCGUUGCCGCUUCCUGCGGAGUGUGAUGAGCCUCAUAGACGUGGUGGCCAUCCUGCCUUACUACAUUGGGCUCUUCAUGCCCAAGAACGAGGAUGUCUCAGGUGCCUUUGUCACCCUGCGGGUGUUCCGGGUAUUCCGCAUCUUCAAGUUCUCCAGGCACUCACAGGGCUUGCGGAUUCUGGGCUACACACUCAAGAGCUGUGCCUCUGAGCUAGGCUUUCUUCUCUUUUCCCUUACCAUGGCCAUCAUCAUAUUCGCCACUGUUAUGUUUUAUGCUGAGAAGGGCACAAACAAGACCAACUUUACUAGCAUCCCCGCGGCCUUCUGGUAUACCAUUGUCACCAUGACCACACUUGGCUAUGGAGAUAUGGUGCCCAGCACCAUUGCUGGCAAGAUUUUUGGAUCCAUCUGCUCACUCAGUGGCGUCUUGGUCAUUGCUCUGCCUGUGCCAGUCAUUGUGUCCAACUUUAGCCGCAUCUACCACCAGAACCAGCGUGCUGACAAGCGCCGAGCACAGCAGAAGGUGCGCCUGGCAAGGAUUCGGUUGGCAAAGAGUGGUACCACCAAUGCCUUCCUGCAGUACAAGCAGAAUGGGAGCCUUGAGGACAGUGGCGGUGGGGAGGAGCAGGCACUGUGUGUCAGGAACCGCUCUGCUUUCGAGCAGCAACAUCACCACUUGCUGCAUUGUCUAGAGAAGACGACGUGCCAUGAGUUCACGGACGAGCUAACCUUCAGCGAGGCCCUGGGUGCUGUCUCGCUGGGUAGUCGCACCAGCCGCAGCACUUCCGUGUCCUCCCAGCCAGUGGGAGCUGGCAGCCUGCUAUCUUCUUGCUGCCCCCGCAGGGCCAAGCGUCGUGCCAUCCGCCUUGCCAACUCCACUGCCUCGGUCAGCCGUGGUAGCAUGCAGGAGCUGGACACGCUGGCAGGACUGCGGAGGAGCCCUGCCCCUCAGAGCCGCUCAAGCCUCAAUGCCAAGCCCCAUGACAGCCUUGACUUGACCUGCGACAGCCGGGACUUCGUGGCUGCCAUCAUCAGUAUCCCCACCCCUCCUGCCAACACCCCAGAUGAGAGCCAACCUUCCUCCCCUGGCGGUGGUGGUGGUGGGGCCAGCAGCACCCUCAGGAACUCCAGCCUGGGUACCCCUUGCCUCCUUCCCGAGACUGUCAAGAUCUCUUCCCUAUGA